UAGGAUUAGACGGAGGCAGUGAUUUUGUAAACAAAACUGACAACACUAAAUCCGACAGCGGUGCACUCAUGUCGAAGGCCGCUAUCCAAAUCUAAAUCAUUCUGAUUUCGUCGCUGGAACAGUUGUUACGGGUUGAAAUAAGUUUGGCAUAACACCUGCACCGGGCACAUCCUGUAUUCACAACAUAUCAAUCACCUGUUACAACUGUUAGUAACUUCCAAACUUGAACAGUUUGCGGUAUCCGAUACCCAAACAAUACUUCGUUAAGAGUGAGCCAAGAAGGAAACAACUUGAACAAUGAGUCAAAACAACGUGUACACCAACAAAGUUGAGGAGGAGUACUUGGACAUCGUGUCCAGGAAUGCUUGGGCCCUGGUCUAUCAGAAGAUCGGGCUGGAAUGCCAACGGUACGGCUACACCUUGAACGAAGCCAAGAAGCCUCAGAACAAGCCACUGAACCGCUACCGCGACGUGAACCCCUUCGACCACACCAGGGUUGUGCUGAAGCGUUGUGAGAGGGACUACAUCAACGCUAACUAUGUAACGAUGGAGCGUGCCAACCGCCGUUAUAUUCUAACUCAAGGUCCCUUGGCAUUCACCGUGGGCCACUUUUGGUUGAUGAUCUGGGAACAGAAUACAAAAGCUAUAUUAAUGCUAAACAAAGUGAUAGAGAAAAACGAAAUAAAAUGUCACUGGUAUUGGCCGCAAGGUAUAGGUGAAACACAUAAGAUGACCUUCAAUGAUGUCCAAUUGGCAGUUGUCCUUGAGAAAGAAGAAGAUUGCUGCUACUAUUCCACCAGGCAGUUCAAGCUCUAUGAUCUCGAGAGCGGUGAAAGCCGUGAUGUAAUGCAGUACCACUACACCACCUGGCCAGACUUUGGGGUCCCCACAUCACCCAAUGCAUUCCUCCAAUUCCUGAAGAGAGUUCGAGAGUCUGGGGUCUUGGAUCCCACUGAUGGGCCUCCAGUUAUCCAUUGCAGCGCCGGAAUCGGACGAUCAGGCACAUUCUGCCUUGUCGAUUGCUGUCUUGUCAUCGUGGAAAAGGAAGGGAUUGAGAACCUCAACAUCCAGGAGACCCUCCUGGAAAUGCGUCGCCACAGAAUGGGCCUGAUCCAAACUCCUGAUCAGCUUCGAUUCUCGUACCAGGCCGUCAUUGAAGGAGCGAAGCGCCUUGACGCCAAUUACAGGGAUGAGGACGAGCGCGAGGACAGUAUCUACGCGGUAGUCGGUGAAGAAGAGGCGCCGCCACCACCACCUCCCCGCGCCGAGAGCCUGACCCGGGCCCCGGGCCGGCCACUCCCCGCCAUCCCCGUCAGCGAGUCCCUCGGCAAUCUGAACUUCAGCCAGCAAGAUUCGAGCUCGGAUGAGAGUCCCCCGACGCCGCCGUCGCGCGACAACUCCCUCUCAGCGUCCUCAGCUGAUGACGAAGAUGAUGAGCCUACGGCUGCCGUCGCUGAAAGUUCUGGCGAUGGAGCGGACACGCUGCGUCGGCGGCGGAAUCGUGAGCUGGCAGAUCGCGUGCUUAACAUGAAGCGGAAAGCGCGCGAGGCGGAGCGGUGGCAUCAACUCAAGAGGUCCCUGUACAAACCGCUUACGAUUACCUUCGGGUUUAUAUUAGCUGGGAUCAUCAUAUACUCAUACGUCAAGCAUUAAACUCCAGACACGUCCGACUUUCUAUUCUUUCCUCAUAUAACACGACAAUCAAAUCCCUAAUUUUUGAGUCGAGUUUGCAUUGGACCCUUUUUCUAUGCAUUUAUUACUGCAUUUCUCCUUGAGGGAGGCCUCCCUCCGCGAUGUUUAUCUCUCUUCCUCAGACGGCAUCUCUGAAAUGAAUUGUACGUGCAUACUCGCUUAUCAUACAAGUUUCUAAUGGCACGUGGAUGAGGAAUCAGUUUGACGAUAUCGUUCAUGAAAGUCGGGCUCGUCCGGAUAUUUAUUAAGACUGCAUAUUAUUCAUGUAUUUUAUAUUCGACAUAUUAACAUGUAAUCAUAAGGCGAUUAGUCGUAUACUAACAAUUGUGAGGAAGUUCUUCGUUGAGCAUAUAUCACACUAAGUUAUUUUACACCAGUUAUAUGAUUACUGCGACAAGUCGCUGUUACCGGUCCAGUUGUAGUAAUAAACUCAACGCAUGUCUUCACGGCCGCAGUGACUUGAGACCACAUAUUUGUCGUUUCUAUUCGUAAGAACUUCUUGACGUUAUCAUCUUGUUGACUUUUGUCACCGGGUUUUUGACAAUCAUUGGGUUUCGCAGUGAAAUUAUCAAUAAUGUUUCACAUUUCAUACUCACAGCGGUUUGUAUUGUUGAUAAUUUAGUGUGUAACCCUCGUGUGCUGUAUAUUUCAUUAUUGUACAAUCAUCACAUUACGAAGUGGAAACAAGUGGAUUAAUUUAUACUUGCAUUCGCUGUACAGUUCCUCUAUAGUACGCCGUUAAUACCUUUUGUUAGAUGUCCGACGGCGGCAGACCGUCGCCGAUGUACGCUGCAUGAUAUUUGUGUGACUGUACCACAUCAUCUAAUAGUAUAUAAAUAUGUUAAAAUAACAAUACAAAAAUCGCAAAAAAAAUCGUAGCAUAUAAAUUCUAAGUAUAUUUAAUUUAAAAAUGAAAGUCAAUUUUGUAAUAUCACGUGUUAGGAUUUACGCACUUUUUGUUAAUAAUUUUUCCCUUUUUAUUGAAAUAUUAUUAUCAGUUUUUUAUCUUUACAAAAAAUUAAUGAGCUUAUUCUCUAUUUAGAGAUUUUUUCUAGAGAUUUAGAUCGCGUUUGCGAUAGGGUAUUUGUAUUUUAUAAAUUGAAAGACGGUGAUAUCAGUCGAGCGGACGCCCCGGUGCAGUCUGCGGCCGGAUUUAGAUGUUAUGCUCAGCUUUAUUUUAUGAAUAUAUUUAAAUGUUUAUUUUAAUAAUUUCAAUGCAUUUCUGUAUUAUAAAAUAAUUAUUCUAUUUUAAUUCGAUAAAAAUCUUAAUAGACUACUUGAAUUAUAUUUUGCUUAUAAGAAUAACUAUGAAUUAUUUUACUCGCGUCUCAUCUGGAUUCAACGUGAUGACUCUUCCACGUCGGAAGACCAAACACCGUGGAGCCGAGUACACUCUUAGGCGGAUCAGGUGUCAAAUUACAAGAAUAUAUUUUAUGGUGUGAACUAUGUAGUAGCGCGGAUUAUAUGUGUAUGGCAGGCGGCCACCUGUAGGAAUGACAGCGCUGUACCUAAACCGUGAUUUUAUCAAAGACUUUACUGUGAAAACUGCGUGCUAAACGUCAUGUAAUGUAACUAGGGGCUAGCGGUUAGUGUAACCCUUGUUAGUUUAAAGUUUCGGUAAAAUGUGAUUGAUAACGUAGGACUGACCGCGAGACACGCGAUAAUUGGCAAGGAAGGUGGUGUACGAAGGAAGGGUGCUAAUUUAAUAAGGAUGGAACGAACACGUAGCGCGCGCGUGUGGAUAUCGCAUACGCCACAAAAUUAGUUAUAGAUUGGGGAAGGCAACAUUUUGAAAUUCGGUUUGUUAAUUUCAGGUUAAAAUCGGAGGACGAUUCAAAAGAACAUAGCGAAGAGACUGAGGAGAUUAGGUAAAAGAUAAACAAAGUACUUUUUUAAAUUGUAACAUAUCUC